AUUAGUUGCUGGCUGUAACGCGUUCGGGAAGCUUGUCGCGCGCGCUCGUAAAAUAUCGCAGUUUGUCGCGAUCAUCGGUCAGCGUCGUCAGCGUUGUCGCAGUGUGUUAUAGUCGGACAUCGAGAUUGAACCGGGUUUCGGUUUUUUCGGUAAUAAAUUUCGGACCGCAGGGGAAUAUCGAAAUCGAGAUCGAACGUGGCGAUUUGUUUACAUGCGCGCAAUGAACACCGGAAAGGUUUCGUCUGCCGGCAAAGUUAGCAUCAAGUGACGAAGUGAAACUUGCGAAUCGUAAUUAGAGGUGGGCAGUUUGAUAUUGGAAACGGCUAGUAAGCAAUUUUCUGUGGAAAGUGUUAUGAAGAAGAAAAUUCUAGAUUAUCAGUGAAAAUUGUGUGAUUAAGCUAGUUUUGGAAAAAAUCUAAGGUGAAGUGAAAUAGAAAUUCCGGCAUCAAAGUGACAAGAACGAAGUUAACCGCGUCCAGAGUGUGUACAAAACGCACCCACAGCAGAGGGCCAUUCUUCGGUUUAGUGCACACAUAUGUAUUAAUUCUGGUGGCUGUCGUGUGUUGUUCAACGAGCCUCGCUAGCAAUAAAAAAAAACAAACACGACUCGCGUAAAGUGAGUUGAGUGGAAACCGUGAUACCCUCCGAGAGCACCAUGGAUGUCCUGCUGCGGUACCGCAGAGUGCCGUUCCCGAAAAGAUAUGCAGAAUUUGUGGCCCUGAUUGCAAUCUCAUGCACCUUGUUCCUGUUUCUGCACACCCAGAGCCUGACAACCCGGCUGCGCGAGAUGGAAGAUAAAUUGCAACCGUCGUCAUUAAUGUCAGGCAGCGGUUUAAGUGGUAAUUCUAUUAGUCAAGCUGCCUCGGGAACUGCGAAUCAUCAUCAUCUGCAGCACCGGCCGGGUGAAAGCAAUCUGCACCACACGUACAACUAUCUGAAAAGCACCGGACAGAUGCAAACGCUAAGCGCUCGCGACCUGAACAACACUCUCCGAUCCGAGGUGCCCAUCAUCUUUUUCAAUCGGGUUCCGAAGGUGGGAAGUCAAACCUUUAUGGAACUGUUGCGUCGGUUGGCAAUUCGCAAUGACUACACCUUCCAUCGAGACGUGGUACAGCGGCUGGAAGUGAUUCGCCUAACACCCGACCGCCAACAGGAGCUUGCCGAAAUGGUUACCGACCUACCGAUGCCCUCGGUAUACGUCAAGCACGUCUGCUAUACCAACUUCACCCGUUUUGGACUACCGAUGCCCAUCUACGUGAACAUGGUUCGAGACCCCGUUGAACGUAUCAUCAGUUGGUAUUACUACGUUCGUGCUCCCUGGUACUUUGUCGAACGAAAGCAGGCAUUUCCCGAUCUUCCGCUACCCGAUCCACGUUGGCUGAAGAAAGAUUUCGAAACUUGUGUUCUACAGGGUGAUCCAGAGUGUACAUAUGCUCAAGGAGCUAUCCAUGAGGGCAUCGGAGAUCACCGGCGUCAAACUUUGUUCUUCUGUGGCCAUGAUGAACUGUGCCUACCUUUCAACAGCCCCGGUGCUUUGGAGCGUGCGAAAUAUGCCGUCGAAAGCCAAUACGCCGUUGUUGGUGUGUUGGAGGAUUUGAACACCACACUGGCCGUGCUGGAGCGAUACAUUCCACGGUUUUUCGCCGGAUCGUCGUCGGUGUACUUCAACGAAGUAAACCUGCUGCAGAAGAUCAACAAAAAUAACUUCAAGCCUCCGGUCAGCGAAGAAAUCAAGGAAAUGGUUCGACGGAACUUCACCCGGGAAAUCGAAUUCUACCAGUUUUGCAAGCAGCGACUGUACAAGCAGUACCUCGCGACGCAACUGCCGCGCAACUGAAGUUCCCUCCGCCCUGUGAAGGUCUCCUUUCUUCACUUAAAAUACUCACUCUUGCUGGAGCCACUUACAGCAUCAAGACUUCGAGUUUAUCGGGAGGCUAGUGUCGAGUUUCAUCACUGAACAAUGUUUUCAUUUCAUCGCAGCGCAGAAAACUUAUUUAUAUAAAUCACACAUAUCACACGUGCACAUAUCAGCAUUUCAUGCUUGAUUUUGUUUUUAAUUAGCUGUGUCGCAACCAUCAUAGAUGUAGGAUGUUUUAAAAAGUGCAACCAUACAAGCAUAAAGUGAAAACUGACAAAAAGUAAAACUUUGAAUGUGAUAAGCAGUAACAUACAUGGAAAAUUGUACAUUUAUAAUUUGGCUUGAAUAAACUGCUGGAUGGAAUCGGACUGCAAGCAAAAAUAUUGACAUUAAAACGUUACAGAAGCAGAAUCACAUUUGACACCUAAGGUAGAACCAUAGCCAGCAUACUGUAGAAUAGUACUAGCCAUAGACGUACUGUACUGUAGAAAGUAUUUAAUAAAACUUAAUUUAUGAUGUUAAUUUUAA